AUGGCGCAGGAAAAAGGCCUGGCGCCGCAGGAAGUCUCUGCUCCGGUAGAUAGCAGCAGCGAUGGCAUCGAGACGACCAAGAGACGGUAUCCAGUAAAAUGGUACCGCUCAACCUACUACAACGCCCUCAUCCUCGGCCUCUGCAACUUCCUCGCCCCCGGCAUCUGGGGCGCCAUGAACUCGCUCGGCGGCGGCGGCGAGGAGAAGCCGUACCUGGUCAACGCCGCCAACUCGCUGACCUUCUGCCUGAUGGUCGUGUCGUGCUACUUCGGCUCCGUCGUCGUGCGCUGGAUCGGCAUCAAGUGGACGCUCAUCAUCGGCACCAUGGGCUACGCCCCCUUCGCCGCGGGCCUCUACACGCACAACCGCUACGGCUUCGACUGGCUCGUGCUGCUGGGCGCCGCGCUGUGCGGCAUCUCGGCCGGCAUCUUCUGGAUGGCUGAGGCGGCCAUCGCCCUGGCGUACCCUGAGCCCUACAACCAGGGCCGCUUCCUGGGCUUCUGGCUCAGCUUCCGUGUCGGGGGCACCAUCCUCGGCGGCGCCAUCAGCCUCGGGCUCAACGCCAACCGCAACACCGAGGGCAAGGUCUCGUACAGCGUGUUCGAGCUGUUCAUCGCCCUGCAGGCCCUGGGCCCGUUUGUCGGCUUGCUGCUGAACAAUCCUUCGCAGGUGCAGCGCACCGACGGGCUCCCUGUCAAGCUGCACAUCCACCAGAACUCGUGGCCCGAACUCAAGGCCAUCACGAAGCUCUUCUUCAGCCGCAACUUCCUCCUCAUCGUCCCGCUCAUCAGCCAGGCCGUCUACUCCGAGGCUGUCAUGUACUCGUUCCAGGGGCUGUGGUUCUCCGUGCGCGCGCGCGCUCUGGGCUCGUUCGUCUCCGCCAUUAUCGCCCUGAUCCUGGGCAAUGUACUCGGCGCGUUCCUCGAUCAGAAACGCAUCAGCCUGAAGACGCGCAGCCGGGGCGCCUUCUUCACCGUGCUGGGCCUGCAGGGCGGCUGGUGGAUCUGGGCGACCAUCCUGACGACCAGGUUUCGAGCCACGCAGCCCAUCUAUGACUGGGUGGACCCGGGCUUUGGCAGCGCGUUUGCCUUGUUUCUGUUCUGGGUGGCUGGCUUCCAGCUGAACUAUCUAUAUCUGUACUUUGUCGUCGGCAACCUCGCGCGCGACGAGGAAGAAGUCGUCCGGUAUGCAGGCCUGCUGCGGGGGACCGAGUCUGCGGCCCAAGCUGUCAGCUACGGCCUCGGCAGCAUUAGCAUCAUGGCCGCCGUCGGCAACGUCUACCUCAACUUCGUCCUCUGGGGCAUCUCGCUGCUGCCGGCGUGGCUGGUUGUGAAAGAGAUUGGCGUCACGCUGGGGGAUGCGAAGGUUCAGCGGGAGAGGCAGCAGCUGCAGGAGGAGCAGCAGAUUCAGGCUUGA